GCUGCCUUACAGAACAGAACCAGAGGCAAUUUCAAGAAACCUGUGGAGUACUUGUUCCAGCUGAUUCUUCAAGGAGAGCUUUCUCCAUUCAACUGAACUAACAGAGGAACUGCAGAGGAGCCAAAAUGAAGUUCGUCUUCCAGUCCUUCCUCUUUUGCUGCCUUCUGGCGACAGUAGCACACUGUGUGGAACUUGAAGUCAAUUCGCAGUUGAAAAAAAGGCUUAGCAUAUGGCUGGAGAGCCGACUGAGACGGGAUCUGGACACUGUAUCAGUGGAGAAGACAGCAGAGGCUGAGCACUUAGUCAGAACAGAAGAUAUCAGGGAUACCUUGCUGCCACAUUCCAGCACUGACAUCAGUGUCCGAACCAAGAGGUCGAAAAACUCAUCAGGCCAGUCAAGAAGACAAGGUUGUUCACUGGGCACCUGCACAGUGCACGACCUGGCCCACCGCCUGCACCAGCUCAAUAACAAGACGAAGAACCGGAUUGCCCCUGUUGACAAGAUCAGCCCACAGGGAUACGGCCGCAGGCGUCGAUCUCUCCCGGCGCAGAUAUUCUCACAGAGGCAAGAGCAGGACAGGCUGAGCCCCCAGUGGAGAAUAACUGACUCACAGGUUCACAAGCUUAUGGCUCUUCUCAAACGGACAUGAGCGGGACCUUGCAAGAGGAGUUGGGAACACAAGCAAGGGAGUAGCAGAGAGUCAGUGUCCUCUCUGCUCUGUUCUAAAAUUCUCGAAAUGCCUCAGACUCUUGCCAAGUAUUCUCCAGCACAUUUUUUCCAGGCAUGAGGACUGAGUCCGAGCAAAGACUGGCUGCACUGAGUUCCUCUCAGGGCUGAGCCUUGCAGCUCAGCGAUGUAGAGCGUGCAAACAGCUGCAGCGAGCUUUCAGACACUGGAUGGCACAGCGUGGAGAAAACUACAGGUGCUUCUCUCUGCUUGGCAGAGGGGAAAGAAGAGUGCUGAUACCUGGCAAAGUGCACACACAUCCUCUGGCUUAAAGAGGGAAUUCGCUUCUAACAUUCUGGGACUUUACACACUUAUUCCUCAAGGCCAGGACUUGUUUAAGUGCUAUCCUCUAAGGAUUAAACCAACAUGUUCCAAACUGUCAGACUGUCAGUUCUUGUCUGCACUUUUCCAUUUGGACUUAGGGUCAAAUGAUUCAUCAGGAAAAGACAUCUUCAUCACAAUAUGCCAAACUGGAAUAGCUCUGAAGCUAUCGGUUUAUAUCAAGUUUUGGACACUGUAUAAUGGAAAAUGCCUUAGAUUCUGUGAGAUAUAUGUGCCAGUCCGUGAUGGAUUGAAAUAUACUUGAAAUUGUUAUUGUUUGUACAAAAACACGUGCAAUCUAUAUUUGUUUUUAUUGCAGGUAUAUGUAUAUAUGAAUUCUUUUAUUUAAAAUAUUAUAUCGAGGUUACAUUAAAGUACUUAUGCGGAUAGAACUAUUUUUGUACAGGAAGAAAUAUAUAUGGGCAUUGUAGCUAUGUGUCAUUAUUCUUUUGCAAACUGUGGUAAUAGGAAAUCUUUUUAUAUAUAUAUAUAUAUAUAUUUGUAAAUGUGUUCUAUUUUAUUUGUGUCAAAGCAAUAACGUUGUCAUUCAAUAAACUUUUUGCAUACAAAAUCUA